UAGACGUUCAGGUCAAUAGUGAAUAAUACCUGUGAAGGACAAACACACUCGACCUAGAUACACCUGGUGUCAGUGGCAGCAUGGACAGACGUAUGUUCUUUUGGAUAGUUUUGGAUCUUGUUGCUUCAACAUGCAGCUCUGCUUCUGUUUCAGAACGUUUUGCUGUUUCUGUUGGAGAUUCUAAGUCUGUGCGCUGUGGGGACACAGUCCUCAUGCCCUGCUGGCUCAGCCCACCCCAAAACGCUGAGGAUCUGGUGAUCCGCUGGUAUCGUGAGGAGAAUGUUGACACUCCAGUCAUGAUUUAUAUUCCAGGAAGAGCUGAUGGAGUCUCCAUGGAUGAUUCAUAUGUCGGCCGAGUCUCAUUUGACGUAAAGGACUCAAAGUCUGGAGGCCUAAAAAAGGGUGACAUGACCUUAAAGCUGAUAAAUGUUACGAUUAAAGAUGAAGGGAAAUAUACUUGCUAUGUCAGCAGUUUUCAGGAACACAAAAAUGCAAGUAUGAAUCUCAAUGUGACAGAAACAGGAAGCUCCCCUGUUCUGUCUGCAGUGUGGAGAGAAGACAACACAGUGAAUGUGAGCUGUGAAUCUGAAGGCUGGUUCCCUCAGCCUGAACUGCGCUGGUCAGAAGAUCCAGACAAAGACAGAGUGACGUUUGUCAGGGACUCCUCUGGUCUUAUCAGAGUCCACAGCUGGAUUCUGGUUGCAGCUUCAUCUGAGGUUUCAUGUUCAGUUGGUCUGCCCAACACAAAGGGCCUCACAGUCAGACUCCACCUGGAAAAGAACAUACCACCAGACUGUGGAGUCACAGGUGGAUGGAUUGCAUUCACAAUACUUCUAAUAAUGGUGAUGGUUCUGCUUGGAUUCAUGUUUUACAGGAAAAAAGGUAAAGGUUUGAUUUACAACCAUAUAACAAAUAAUGUUUAUUUACAUUUAGGGAGAAUUGUUCUAAGGCAACUUUUAGCUGUGUGGGUAAAACCAUUUACAUCAUAUUUUCCUGUUAUUUUAAGAUGGCCUCUUCCAUGAAAUCUGAAAAACACUUUUAGCGGUAAAAAUUUUAGACACAAUUUAAAACUUUAUCAUGAGAAUUACUCCUCUAUUUUAAUUAUCUUUAUUUAAUGACUACUUGCCGUAUUGAAAGAAUGUGAAAUGUUUUGAUAAUUCCUUAUAACACAGUUAAAACUUGUUAAAAAAGUUUGGAUCACAUUUGAG